AUGGAUUAUUCUUCCCUGAGAAAAUCAUUCAAAGGCCAAACUGGAAAUUCUUCAAAGUAUUCAAAAAGCAAUGAAGAGUUACCUAAUCUUUACCCUCAUCAAUCAAAUGAUUCCCGAGAAUCUCCACAACCGUCAACGGCGGUUGGAAGAGCCAAUCAUCCUGAGGUCAUCGUCAAGGUCGAUGGUUCAAGCUCCAGCAGUGAAGAUAAACCGGGAAGGGAACCUAGCUUCGGUUACAUGCAACGUGAGAAGAAUGACAUAAAGGAUCCAGCAUCAAAAAGAAUUGGUAAGUUCUCAGAUAAGAAAAAUGUUGAGGAUGAUGAGAUUUCAUUAGACAUGGAUAUUGAAAUGGAUAAGUUAAGACGUGAACGCCAUCACAACUCGUCACCAUUCCAAGAAUCUACACUGAGCAAGAACCCUUCUAGGGAAAUUAGAGUUUCAUUUGAACCCUCUGUUUCUAAUAAUAGUUCAUUGGAGUCUGUUAGAAGGCGAUAUAAGGAUUUACAAGACGAUAAAGAAGAGUCUUCUGACGGUAUUAAUUCACAGCAGCCAGAGCAAGAAGAAAAGUUCGGUGACGAAGUGUUGAGAUGCUCAUCAAAUUCAACAUUUCAAACACAAUCUAGCGGAUUGUCAAGAGCAAAAACAAAAUCAAGGCUUUUAGACCCAUCACCAAAUGAAUUAGACAGAAUACCAUUUAAGUCUGGCCAACAGAAAUCUGAACUAUUAGGUAAGUCUACAGAUGAAGAUGAAGAUGAUCCAUUAGAAUGCGAUGACUUGCCUGAUAAGUAUAAAAAAGUUCAAGUAAGUACAAUGACGGUGCUUGAAUGCAUGAGUUUGAUUACGAUCGUAGCUCUAUUAGGUUGCACUCUUUUUAUAACUUCUUGGAAGGAGAAGAGCUUUCUAGAGCUUAAAUUGUGGAAGUGGGAGGUUUUGUUUUUGGUUUUGAUAUGUGGGAGGUUGGUUUCAGGUUGGGGAAUACGUAUAAUAGUAUUUUUUAUUGAGAGGAAUUUUCUUUUACGUAAAAGGGUUUUAUAUUUUGUAUAUGGUUUAAGAAAUGGAGUUCAAAACUGCUGGUGGUUAGGGCUUGUGUUGUUGGCUUGGCAUUUUCUCUUUGACAAGAAGGUUAAAAGGGAGACGAAUGGUGCAAUAUUGAAAUUAAUUACGAGGAUCUUAGUAUGUUUUUUGGUGGCUAAUUUCGUAUGGUUGAUCAAGACAUUGAUGGUUAAGGUUCUUGCUUCUUCUUUCCAUGUUAGCACCUAUUUUGAUAGGAUUCAAGAAUCUAUCUAUAACCAAUAUAUAAUAGAGACAUUGUCUGGUCCUCCAUUGAUUGAAAUACAAAAAAACGAAGAGGAAAUAGAGAAGACGACUGCUGAGAUUCGUAAACUGCAAAAUGCUGGAAUUAAUAUACCUCCAGAUCUUAAAGCAACUGUAUCCCCUCGAUCAAAGAGUGGGAGAAUAGGAACCAAAUAUUCUAUGGAAUUUUCAACAAGAAGAGGAGAGAAGAAGGUGAAUACUGAGAUCACAAUUGACCAUUUGCACAAACUGAAUCAUAAGAAUAUUUCUGCAUGGAAUAUGAAGAGGUUGAUGAAAAUUGUUAGAUAUGGUUCUUUGUCAACUUUAGAAGAGCAAAUUCUAGAUGCAAAUAUUGAUGAUGAAACUGCAGUAGAGAUUAGAAGUGAAUAUGAGGCUAAAAUUGCUGCAAGAAAAAUUUUUCAUAACGUUGCUGGUCGUGGAUCAAAGUACAUAUACUUACAAGAUUUGAUGAGAUUUAUGAGAGACGAUGAAGCUUUAAAAACAAUGAGUUUUUUUGAAGGAGCAUCUGAAACAUGUAGAAUCAGUAAAUCUUCUCUAAAGAAUUGGGUGGUGAAUGCUUUUAGAGAAAGAAGAGCACUUGCCUUGACAUUAAACGACACAAAAACAGCAGUAAACAAACUCCAUCAAGUGGUAAAUGUAAUAGUUGGGAUUAUUAUAUUGGUGAUUUGGCUUCUCAUACUUGGAAUUGCCACAAGCAAAUUCGUUGUGUUCAUGGGAUCACAAAUUGUGGUUGCUUCUUUCAUUUUUGGAAACACUGCCAAGACAUUGUUUGAGUCAAUUAUCUUCCUCUUCUUGGUUCAUCCUUUUGAUGUGGGUGAUAGAUGUGAAGUGGAUGGAAGGCAGCUUGUGGUUGAGGAGAUGAACAUCCUAACCACCAUCUUUCUGAGAGAUGACAAUCUGAAGGUCAUAUACCACAACAAUAUUCUGGCCACUAAAGCUAUUGGCAACUUCUAUCGUAGUCCUGACAUGGGUGAUGCUAUUGAAUUCUUCGUCCAUGUCUCGACUCCUGCUGAAAAGAUUGCUAUGAUAAGACAAAGAAUAACAAGUUACAUUGACAAUAAGAAAGAACACUGGUAUCCAAAUCCAAUGGUAAUACUGAUGGAUCAUAUGGACUUGCACAAGGUGAAAAUGGCAGUAUGGUUUAGGCAUAGAAUAAAUCACCAAGAUCAAGGCCUUAAAUAUGAAAGGAGAUCUCUUUUAUUGGAAGAAAUGGGCAAAAUUUUCAAGGAGCUUGACAUUCAAUACCGUUUAUUUCCCAUUGAUAUCAACGUUCGUAAUAUGUCUCUGCCUCCUUUGCCCCCUUACUCUCCUUCUUGA